AUGAGCCUGGUAGCGAUAGACCGUAUAAAAGGAAAAGGGUUUCCGUUUCCAGUGAGAAAUUUUGUCGAUCUGACUAAAGAUCAGUUCUCGGAAGAAGACGUUAAGAAGGAAUUAGGAGGGUUUGAGUCUGAACAGCGAGGCCACGAUGUGGAGGAAUCGAUAACUCAAAGUAAUAUAAGCUUGAGUGACAUUUUAUCUGUCCAUAAGGCAGAAAUUAAUGCAAGCUGUAAUCCAUACAGYGAAGUGGAGUUUCUCCGUUUCAUUAUAAGGAGGGGAUACGUCCUCGAAGACGGCUUCCGCAGGUUGGAKCGAUGCACCACCGAGGACCUCAAAAACGAGGUCCAGGUGAGCUUUAUGGGAGAGCCAGCUGUCGACGAGGGAGGCCCCAGAAGAGAAUUCUUCACAUUAUUUUUCGAAGAAGUUGGCCGUUCUAAUAUGGUUGAAGGCAGCCCGGGCAAGCUGCAACUUAGCAGUAACUACCAGAGGCUGACCAAUGGUCAUUACAAAUUGCUGGGYAAAAUGAUAACCCUYUCAUUAUUGAAUGGUGGGCCCGGGCCGCAGUUCCUCCAUACUUCAGUGGCAGAACAAAUUGUUCAAACAAAAAAGAGAACUCCCUUAGAAAUAGAAGACUUGGGGGACUACGAGCUUCGUGAACAUUUAAACAAGAUUCAAGAGAUUGAUGAUGACGAAGACUUAAAUAAAUACUGUGACAAAUACUUAUCCAAGAGGUUCGACAUCGGCUACUGUAAGCCAAUCAGUAUUAACGAAAAGACGGAGCUAGCUGAUGCAUUUAUCAACCACAACAUUCUUCACAGUCCUGGCCUAUACCAACUAAUGGAAGUGUUGCGGAAAUCGGAAAAACAGCUUUCGGCCUCCCAACUGCAAGAUCUGUUUAAACCAGGAUUUUCGGAAGCUGGUACCAACCGCCGUACUAUGGAUGAAUCAAUCUUCUUAAACUGGACAUACUUUUUAGAAGAUGUUGAAGCUGGUAAAGUAACUUCCGAAAUACACUCUUUAGAAGAUGGUGAAGGUGCUGCCUAUGAGAUGAAGAAAGAAGAACCGAUAGAACUUAGCGAUAUUCUUCAGUUCGCCACAGGGAGUAGAACCAUACCGCCUGGCGGAUUUGGACAACACCAUGUCAACUGGUCUAGGAAAAUCUAUGCAAACACAUGCGCAACUACUACCAGUAAGCCCCAAAAUGAGGCUGAUGAGCCUCAUGAAGGAGGAAUUUGUAGAAUCCAUUGUCAAUGA